UGUUUUUAUCGAAACAAAUUAAAUACGCCAGUAUUGUAUGGAGUUUUCAGUCAUUGUAACAAUUGGAAGUAUGGCACAUUUAGAAAAGAUAAACGCUGAAUUUUUUAAACCGUAUUUGACGGUAUUAAAAUAUUUUCGUUGUACAGGCAUUGAUAUUUUUAAUGAAAGGAAUGUAUUUCUGUACAAAUUUAAAUACACGCCCGUUAUAAUACUUUUGUGUCUUAUCAUCACUGCGUUUAACCACUGGCGAUAUGUGAUUGAGGCAAUAUAUAGCGGUACGGACUUGCUAGAAUUGGCUGGAGAUAUAUCCUUUUGUUACAAUGCUAUCGAAAGUCCUUUAAUUUACUUACAUUUGAUUCUGAUCAAGGGAAAAAUAAGAAACUAUGUUUUCAAGUUAGAAAAACUAUGGAGAAAUGACGACAGUUUACGCCCAAAUGAAAUCUUGUUGAAACGGGACCAAGUAAAACAAAUCGAUUCAUACCAACGCAUUUACUGCUUCUUGCUCGGAGCAUACAUACACUUUUAUUUUGGGAUACCGCUGUUGAUAAUACUCAUCAAGAAAAUAUUGAAACGUGACGUUCUCUACCUUACGCCGAUGAAAUUCACGUUGCCUUUCGAUUAUCAAAACAAUAUUGUAUUAUUCGUUAUCUUUUAUUUGUUUGACUACUCAAUAAUAUGGAAGAUGGGGUACGUGGUACUUGGCAGUUUAUUUUUUAUGUCCGUUUCUAUGAACCAAUUACGUACACUAUUUAUACUGCUCCAGGAAGAUUUCAAAGAAAUAAUUAAAGCAAAAGACGCAGAUAUAGACGUAAAACUAAAGCAAACUAUUCAAAAACAUUCUACGUUAUUGGACAUGUUGGCGCAACUCGGUGAUGCCUAUGGUGCAAUUUUUGCUAUUCAUGUUUUCUUUUUGUGUAUAACCAUCUGCUUCUACGGAAUUGCUGCAAAGAUAAAUAGUCGACUGUCAGACUUAAAGAACCUCAUGGCUUCAGUCAUAAUAACUGUCAAUAUUUAUCACUGCUGCAAACAUGGACAACUUGCUACUGAUUCGGCUGUGGACGUCGCCACCGCAAUAUAUGAUAGUCCAUGGGAGGAUCUGUCAUGCAGUAACAGAAAGAUAAUUUUACUGAUAAUUUUAAGGUCACAGCGUGCUACUUACAUCCGUUCCACGAGUUUCACUGAAAUAUCUUUGAAGACUUUUAAAAUGAUAAUGAACACGACGUAUUCGUUUAUCUCAUUGCUGACCAAGAUGUAUGAAAAAUAGUUACUUACAUCACAUUCACUAUGAAUUUUACUAAGUACCUAAAGCAAAUUCAAUUUAAAAAAAUAUCAUUUUAUAUAAUGUUUCCUAUAUUCAAAUAGAUAACAUUAGAUCUAGAUUAGUUUUAGAUUAGUUCAAGACUAGAGUCGGUACGCGACCACAUUUCAAUUUUCAAUUUGAAUUUCAAAGUUAUAUGAUAGAUUUAAA